AAUUUUCUCGCGGCUUCAACAUCGAUAAUAUUGAGUGAUGAGUUUUUUAAAAACAUUAAAAAUGACAAAAAUAUUCUGCAUUAUUGGUCGUAUCUGUCGCAGGUAAAUAGGUCAACAAACAUUAUUCAAAAGCUGCUCCCUCAAAGGCAUUUAGUAAACGACCAAAAAAAUUGUUUCGAAUCAAUGUGCAUUCAUUACGACUGAACUGUUUUUAAUUGUGAAUUGAAUU